CUUACAACUGUUUUUGGUUUGAUUCAAUAUUUUGUUCAUGAGUUUUUGAGUUUACAACAUCUGCAUGCCUGCAUUUCUUUAAUCACUCUGUGCAAUGCUAAGACUAGCCAAGAAGAUGCAAGACUGCAUUUUUCUUGUCGUCUGCUUGGUGGUUUCAUCCACCCUCGCCAUGAGCGUUGAUGAUGGGAAUAUGGUUGACAUUGAUGAGAAAAAGAACACCACAGAUGAUUUGUUAGUUGAUGACAUACAUGAGGUGCCAGAGAAUGCAAGAAGUACUAUUUUAGGAGGGCCCGGUUUGUGGAAAUCUCCAGUUCCCUACGUGUUGGACAAAAGCCUUGACCUGAAUGCUAAAGGAGUCAUCUUGAGAGCUUUUGACCAGUUCAGAGUGAAGUCAUGCAUUGACUUUAAACCAAGGGAUACUGAGGAGUAUUACCUUUCAUUCCAAAACUUAGUUGGGUGCUGGUCAUACGUUGGCCGAACAUUCCUCAACGGACAGGAACUCUCUAUUGAUGCAGGCUGUGAUCACAUUGCUAUUGUUGAACAUACAAUUCUUCAUGCUCUUGGCUUCUACCAUGAGGAAAUCAGGCAUGACAGGGACGACUAUGUGCAGAUAAACUUUGACAACGUCAUAGCAGGACAAGAAGGUUAUUUUAAGAAGCUCGGCAGUGAUCUGAGCACCACCCAUAAUGUGUCAUAUGACUACCUGUCAGUGAUGCACUCUGGCAAAAAUGUAUUAAGCAAUGGCAAUGGCUCUACGAUUAUUACCAAAGACCACAAAUUCCAAAAUGUUAUUGGUCAAAGACUGGAUAUGAGUCCUCGAGAUGCUCAAAAGUUGAAACUUCUCUACAAAUGCAAUUCCACAAUUGCCUCUAUGUUUUUCUGUGACUUUUCUAAUGGGAUGAUGUGCCAAAUGAGUCAAAUGAGCAGCUGUGCACAGAGUGGCAGUGAGUGGGAGGUGGUUACACAAGUCAGUAGGGGUCCAAGCACUGACCACACCACUAUGCCUGCUGGAAACGGAGAAAAUGGUCAGGAAACAGGAUAUUUCAUCCAUGCUAGCACAUCAUCAGGUCAAGAGGGAGAUUCAGCUUGGCUUGGGACCAAAAUCAUGAGUACGCAAAGGGAAUGUAAAGUCCAAUGUCUGCAGUUUUACUAUUUCCACAGUGGAAAUGAGUCAGAUGAACUUAAUAUCUGGAUCAGAGAGUUUCAGGAUGAGCAUGACACCAGAGGAACUCUCCGCCUCAUGGGACAGAUCACUGGUCCUCCAACAUCUCACUGGAAGCUCCAUCAUGUUUCUCUCAAUGCCACCAAAAACUUUCAGGUGGUGUUUGAGGUUCGGAAAGGAGCAGGAAACUCUACAGGCGGCUUCUCCAUUGAUGAUAUCAAUCUCUCUGAGACCGAGUGUCCACAUGUGACCCUGCAGAUUGAUAACUUAGGGAGACUUUUAAACACAAGUACUUUUGGAACUGCAAUAUACAGUCCACGGCAGUACUCCAAAGAGGGCUAUGCUUACCGGAUAGCUGCUGUACUCUACAAGACAUUCCUUGGAAUGUAUGUGGAGAUCUUGUCUGGUGACAAUGAUGACCAGCUGGAAUGGCCUUGUCUACAAAAACAAGUGACCUUCCAAAUGCUGGAUCAAACCCCUGACAUGAAAAUGCAAAUGUCAAAACAAUGGAGUGAAGUUACACAUGAAACUCACAACCUCUCUAAUGGUAUCAGUUGGUGGGACAACCCUCGUAAAAAUGGAAGCAUAGUUUUUCAUGAAAACGGUGAGGCAGUCUAUGGUGGGAUUCUGGUUGGGUACCACUAUUUUGCAUUUUUGGAAGAACUGCAAACCAGGGAGUUUCUGAAGGGAGGUAGCGCCAUCUUCAUGUUCAGCUUUGAAGAUCUCACUCCUCUGGUUAAUGGAAACUCCCUACCGUGUCCUCAAGUGCAACCAAUGAACAUCACAGCUCGCUCUAGAAACUGGGAUGAAGGCCCAUGUUUCUUAACGGGUGUUCCUGGGUUCUCUCCUGGUUUGGUUGCUUCUCUGCUGCUCACCCUCCUGCUGCCAAUAAUUUCUAUGUUGGCUUGAUGAGACUAUGGAGCCGUAAAUCUUCCCUUCAAAUAUUUUGCCUUUGCACAAACAUUAACAGUAAUGCUUCUGAAUCCCUAUGGAUCAUUUUUUUAAAACUAUGAUUAAAAGAAAAUACUGCACUAUAAGGAAAUUUUUUUUAUUAAGAGCAUUUGUAU